AUGUGGAAACAAAGCAAUCCAGAGUUACCUGGUCAUCUGCUUUUACAGUACGCAGAUGAUAUACUGAUCGCCACCGAGGACAGAGCAACCUGCAUAAAGGGCCUGAAGGACACACCAUUGGAGAAUCCUGACUGGGAACUCUACACAGAUGGUAGCAGCUUUGUGGAGAAUGGAGUUCGCUACGCUGGAUAUGCGCUAACAACGGAGAGAUCAGUCAUAGAGGCUAAUGCUUUGCCCAGCAAUACCUCAGCGCAAAAGGCAGAGCUGAUAGCCUUGACGAAGGCAUUAGAACUGAGUGAAGGAAAGAAAAACGCACCAGACGCAGAUGCACACCCCAAAAGCUGUUUGCAACCUCCAAACUCACAAACACCCCCGAGCCCAGGAGCACACCUUAAACCUGUGAAUGGUCCCCCAAGUCCAGAAAGAGCUGCCAAAUGCAGAAACAGCCCCAAACCGGGCACCUUUCCGCAGAUCAGGCAGCUCCCUCCAAAACUGGCAGCACUGCCCAGCCCCAGCGGGGUGCAGCCGCUUGAGCCUGGUGGGCUGAGGCCACGCCAUGGCAGCAGGGGCAGCCCCCGGGCUGGGCCCCCCCAACUUGUCCAGGACAGGGAAUGGCGGCUGCAGCAGGGAGCCCGGGGUGGCCAACGUCCAACAGCAGCCUCACCACCAGCCCAGCUGCGCUACCACCGCUCCCUGGGACUUGCCAGGGCGCUGGGGCCCAGUCAGGGCAUCCUGGGCAAGGCUGUCCUCCCCGGGCAGGGAGUGCCCGGGGGGAUGGCGGAGCUGUGCCCGGAGGAGGGGAAGAGCUGUUGCAGGAGAAGGCCUGUUUGUCAUCUUUGUAAACUGGGUGGAUGUCAUGCAAACCAUAGAGUAACAACCAUGAGCACUGCCUACAAAACCCUUCAGGAGAAGCUUUCAAAAGAUAUUGAGUACCUCAUCAGUAAGGAGAGCCAGGUGAAAGCUCACAUCACACAGCUGGAUCUGCUGCUGAAAGAAACAGAGUGCAACAGUGAACGAGCUAAAGAAGAAGCAUCUCAGAGCUUUGAGAAAUUAUCUCAUGUCCUAGAAGAGAAGAAGUCCGCAGCUCUUAGGGCAAUUGAAACUUCUAAGAAUUUAAGGCUGGAAAAAUUGCAAACGCAAGCAGAGGAAUAUCAAGGGCUCCUGGAAAAUAAUGGCCUUGUAGGAUAUGCUCAAGAGGUGCUUAAAGAAGCUGAUCCAUCUUGUUUUGUUCAAACAGCAAAACAGCUUCAUGUCAGAAUCCAAAAAGCUACUGAAUCUCUGAAGAGCUUCAGGCCAGCAGCUGAAACUACUUUUGAAGACUUUGUGGUGGACAUAGCUAAGCCAGAAGAGAUCCUUGGUGACUUGUCCUUCCAUUCCAAUGGUCUAGAAAUACCAGAAAUCAAUGAAGAGCAGAGCAGAAUGUACAACAAAGCUCUGAUCAGCUGGGAAUGCCCUGGGAAGACAGACUCAGCUGAUAUCUAUGUUCUUGAGUAUCAUAAGCUUAAUAGAGAAGAGGAGAGUGCGACGUGGCAGGAGAUCAAAGUUUGCAGCAAGAGCAAAGUAAUAUCUGAUCUUGAUGAUGACAGCUCCUAUGCCUUUAGAGUUCGAGGAUAUAAAGGGUCCAUCUGUAGCCCUUGGAGCCGAGAAGUUAUUUUGCGUACGCCUCCAGCUCCAGUUUUCAGUUUUCUUUUUGAUGACAAAUGUGGGUACAACAGUGAACAUCUCCUGCUGAACCCAGGAAGAACCUCUGUGGAAAGCAGGGCUGGAUUUCCUCUACUGCUGGGAUCUGAGCGCAUGCAGAUCGGAUGCUACACAACCCUGGAUUACAUCAUUGGCGACACUGGGAUUGCCAAAGGGAAGCACGUCUGGGCUUUUCGUGUGGAAGCCUAUUCAUACCUGGUGAAAGUGGGAGUUGUUUCUAGCAACAAGAUACAGAAAUUGUUCCAUAAUACCCAUGAUGUGACCAGCCCAAGAUACGAGCAAGACAGUGGUCAUGACAGUGGGAGUGAAGAUGCCUUCUUUGAGUCAUCACAGCCUUUCACACUGGUCACUUUAGGCAUGAAGAAGUUCUUUAUCCCCACAACACCUGCUGCCCCCAAGGAUCCAGCGAGCAGAAUCCUUCCCCUGCCAUCGUGCUUGGGCAUCUGCCUCGACUGUGACAAAGGCAAGGUGGGGUUCUACGACGCAGGCCGUAUGAAAUGCCUUUAUGAGUGCGAGGUGGACUGCUCUGGCAUAAUGUACCCAGCGUUUGCCUUAAUGGGUGGCGCAGCAGUUCAUCUUGAGGAAGCUGUCACAGCAAAGUACGGGGAGUACCACGACGACAUCUAG